CAUGCGGACUGAUCUAGGAGAAGGUAUGGUCAGUGAUGGUGAUAGGACCAACAGUCUGAAACAGGUGGAGAACUCUUUGAAGAUCAACAUGGUUCGACAGAAGUCGGGUUAUGAUGAAGCGGACACGGCCCCUCGGUUCUCACCACUUCCAGAAAAGAAAUCUUUCUCUAACGGAGGCAAUACACCCUCUCCACCCUCAACACCGAACGGUUCACCAUCGAGACAGCAUCCCAGAAGGAGGCGAAAUAAGAGUUCUUUGAGUAGCUUGGUGUCCAUGCCCAAGAGUCUUGUGGCUAGCAACGAAUUCCUCAACGACAUUCUGCUCAGUGAUCGUGGUUCACAUAAAAAGCUCAAGGCCAUCGUUGGGUUCCUAGUCGGUCUCAUCCUCGGUGGUCUUCUCUUCUUAGGACUCUACUACGGCCUCGACUACCCGAUCUAUCCGGCUCUCAUCAUCGCAAAAAUCGGGACUCUCUUCAUGGCACCUUGCCUCGCGUUCACUGUUCGUGCAAGGUGUGUUGCAGCCCUGAUGGUGCCAACAAUCUGCACCUCCAGAGGGCGGGCUGCCUUCCUGACCUUCAUCGUUACCCUCCUACUACGCGGACCUAUCCACAACAUCUACCUGAACUCCAACGAAGUUUCUGACUCCAUGAGCUGCAGUGCACAGCUCGCCUACAACCAGACCCGUGAGAUCCAGGAGGCAGCUCAACGUGUUCUUGAUGCAUAUGUCAAAGGUCUUCUGACCAGUGUAGGGCGGAUCCAAGGUGCCGUAGCUCAGGUUCAAGAGGUCUUUCAACCGGUGGAAGAUGGCCUCGGUAUACUCAAUGAAGGACUCGACGCUGCAGGGAGAGAACUGGGAAAAGCGGCAAGGGCCUGUGACGACAUCUUAGGAUCAGCUUACCGGAGUUGCGAUCGGAACUUGAAUAAUGUCUACAUCGACUGCCAAACAUUUAUGAGAGAUAAAAGGGUCCCAACCUCCGUUGGUCAAGUGUGUGAGAUUUUUAACGCAGACGCCGUAUGUAGUCUUCUGAAAAUUAACAGUAUCUGUGCCACACCGGCCUAUCUGGACAAUGCCGUAAACAACGCCCUCUUGAACACGCGCACUGCAAUGCAGAGCGUAGUGGACACCUUUUCGGCCGAUGUCGAUUUCUCGCGUUAUUUCGAGAAGCGUUCAAACUCGAGCACGACCGCUGAGCACAUCCAAGAGGCCAUCUCUGCAGAGCUGGACGAAGCUUACAGCUACGUCGACUGGAUCCUAUCCUUCUCUGACAAACUCCUAGCACUGUCCUUCGUCUGGGUGCUCUUUAAGUCAUACAUGUACCACUCCAACUACCGCACCAAGGACUCAUACGACAACCAGUACAUCACUGCACAGUUUAAGAAGCUAGAUGCCAACCGCAGUGAAAAUGGACAACAUCACCUUCUACCACUGAAAAAGAACGAACGGAACCGACUCAUUGACGUGACUGCUGUUCGUCUAUGCAAAUCGGAGAAGGGCUACUUCAAAUUUGGGCUUUCGACUGUCUGUCUACAUUCCAUCAUUGCUGGGCUUCUGAUGUUCAUUGACUUUGGACUUUACUGGUUGCUUAGCAAGAUUCGAGAGCACGGUGAUGUCCAGAUUGCCACAUCAGGAGAGGCCGGCACUGAUGUUGAAAUCGGAGGAAAUGGUGUUGUGGCUGAUCUUGUAAGGAUUCUCUUCAACGAAGGCUUCAAGGCCACGUCUGCUUUCAACACCUCACUCGACACCACCGUCUGCCUACCACAGCCCAUUAUACCUGACAAAAACUUGUCUAUCAUCAUCAGCGUCCUCUACUUUGUCACUAUCUUGAUGACGCUCUCGCAGGCCUACGCCCAACGUCUUCUCCGUUACAUUGCCGCGUACUACUACCCAGAGCGAGAGGUAGAACGCAUUGCUUACCUCUAUGGUCGCACCUUGCAGAAAAGACAGUCCCUGAUGAAAAUGCUUUGCCAAUCCGUUAGACGGAACAAGAAAGAGAAGGACGCUUACAACAAAAUCAGUAUAUCUUCUUAUUUGACAAUGAAGUUCCCUUGCUGUAAGUGUCUCUUCACCUGUUGCGGUUUAAAACAAACGCAAUGCUUAGGUUGUAGUAGCCCGGAUGAUGGUCUCUUGGUAUACUGCUCUGACCAAGACUGUGACGGGGUUUAUUGUGAGGAAUGCGCCAGAGCAUUGCAAGGAAAAUGCUCGCUGUGUGAUUGUACCAUCAACUUGGGAAAAGUACCAUUGGACGAAGAACAAAAGAUGUAGGCCUAGAGCUUGUCACCUUGUUUGUUCCUAAAUCAUACCACAAUGACAAGGCCUUCAGCUUUCCAUAUUGGUUUGAACGUGCUACCAGUAAUUGAUCCCAAAAAAUUGAUCAAAAUCACGAAUUUUGAAGCCUCGUUCACACGUGGUAAAUUGCCUUUAAAAUUACCAGGUCAUUUCAUGCGAAUACCAGUCGAACAUAUGGCGUCAAUUCGACUGCAUUAUCACCUAAAGCUUAUCAAAUAAUGACGGAGAUGACUACACUCCCCCAGUAAUCAACGCAAUGCUCAUUUUUCAUCCUUUCUUGCUCGUUUUGUACGUUGUCUUUCUCACAUGGCGCGUCACAAAGACCACACCCGGGGCCCGUUUCAUAAAACUUUUUUCAAUAACAAAUGCUUAAUUUCUAUGAUAAACUUGCUCUCAGCCAAUCAGAUGCCAUGGUUUCAGUAGCUUAUAACA